AUGGCAAACAUGGAAGGUUACGCGGGCGGACGGGUGAUGAUGCGCGGUGUGUCAACGGGCAGCGUGGAGGGCGUGUGCUGCGUGGUAAAUGAGACCGGCGCUCAGCUGGAGCGCGCUGCAGCCGUGCUGCGUAAGCGCCUGGCUGCACCCCCCACCGACCCGCUUACCUUCCCCCCGCCCCGCAGCCUGGCAUCGCACAAUCCGCUACCCAGGAUUUCGAGGGAACUCGAAACACUGUUCUUUGCGCACAUGAGCGAAACGGAGCAGGGCGGAGAGUGGGCGGAGCGACUAGCGAGUGACGCUUGCGAAUGGGCCGAGGCGUUGUGCCGCACGAGCGGCGAACGCGAUAAAGUGCGCUCGUGCGCCGGCGGGUUUGCCAGCGCUGCGGCGGCGUUUCGAAGUGCUGCGCAGCUCGGCCGGGCGGCUCUCCGUGCUGCGUUGCAGCCCACCACGGCGCUGUGGGCCCAGCAUCUCGUCGAGCCGGAGUUUGAUAUCGAGGAUAUAGACGAAGAGGCCAACGCCCUCCCCGCCGCGCUAGACGUGCUCGCGGAAGAGGUGCACGCGCAACUGCCCGCUGCGGCCGACGAGCUCCUUGCCGAGCUGCUCGGCGAACUCGUUGCUCGCGCGCAGAAGAACCUUCUGGCUAAUCAUUACAAUAGGGAAAGCGGCGCUUGCGUCGAACGGCGUUGUCGGCGCUUAAGCACGUGGGCGGGCAGCGGAGCGGGCGCAGCGCGCGAGCAGUGCGCGAGGCUUGCCCACUUGGCGGCCUUGCUGGCUGCCGAUAAGCCUUACGCGCCCUCCACCCCACUUCCGCCCGCGCUCGUCAAGCAAGCCCUCGCCACCAGGACUGACUUCAAGUUGGAGGACAUAAAACGACUUAAACUGUAA